ACCCGAAGCAAAAUGAAAUGCCAUAUUAAAGAAGCAUUUUGCUGACACGAACCAGUUGCUUGCUUUGCAUUGUCCAAGGCGGAUCAGUCCCAUCACCAUCACAUCAGUCAUUCAUACUAGGAACUGACAUACAAGAAUUUAGCAAUGGCAUCCAAAAUCGCACUUUUGUCUGUGUCCGAUAAAACCGGCUUACUGAACUUGGGCAAAAGCCUGAGUGACCUUGGUUUUACCCUCGUGGCUAGCGGCGGUACCGCAAAAAGUCUCAGAGACACAGGCUUGAAAGUAAAAGAUGUUUCUGAUAUCUCCGGAGCUCCGGAAAUUCUUGGGGGGCGAGUUAAGACCCUUCAUCCUGCUGUCCAUGGCGGAAUUCUUGCUAGGGAGAUCCCAAGUGACCAAGCAGACCUCCUGAAACAAAAGAUCGACAUGAUUCAAGUCGUUGUUUGCAAUCUCUACCCGUUUGUGCAGACAGUAUCAAAACCCGACGUGAAACUCGCCGACGCCAUUGAAAACAUCGACAUUGGUGGAGUCACUCUUCUCCGCGCAGCAGCUAAAAACCACCAUCGCGUGACAGUCAUGAGUGAUCCCAAUGAUUAUGCCAAGAUCAUUGCCGAAAUUAAAGCUUCCGGCAAUAAAGAUACCACUCCUGAAACACGACAGAAAUUAGCAUUUAAAGCGUUCGUUCAGACGUCUGAAUAUGAUCUGGCGAUUUCCGACUAUUUCCGUAAACAAUUCUCAGGCGGCGAAUCUCAACUCACUCUUAGGUACGGCAUGAACCCACAUCAGAAACCUGCACAGAUCUAUACAACACUGAACAAACUUCCACUGACUGUGUUGAAUGGUUCUCCUGGGUUUAUUAAUCUCUGCGAUGCUUUGAACGGCUGGCAGUUGGUAAAGGAACUGAAACAAGCUUUGGGUUUACCUGCAGCCACCAGUUUCAAGCAUGUAUCUCCUGCUGGUGCCGCCAUUGGCGUACCGUUUGGUCCUAACGAAGCUCGUCUUUGUAUGGUUGAAGAUCUGGUUGAUCAACUGACUCCUCUUGCGAUUGCAUACGCAAGAGCGCGUGGAGCUGAUCGUAUGUCAUCUUUUGGUGACUUUGUCGCUUUGUCAGACACCUGUGAUGCCGCCACAGCUAAAAUCAUCUCCAGGGAAGUAUCCGAUGGUGUGAUCGCACCUGGUUACACCGCGGAAGCAAUGGAGCUGCUCAAGAAAAAGAAAAAUGGCGGAUAUUGUGUGUUGCAAAUUGAUCCCUCAUACGAACCGGAAGCUAUUGAACGUAAAGUCCUCUUUGGUUUAACCAUGGAACAGAAACGUAACGAUGCCAUUAUCAACAAGAGUUUGUUCUCUAAUGUAGUCACCGCUGAUAAGGCGAUGCCUGAUAAUGCAGUCCGUGAUUUGAUUGUUGCUACAAUUGCACUCAAAUACACACAGAGUAACUCCGUGUGCUAUGCGAAGAAUGGUCAAGUUGUUGGCAUCGGCGCCGGGCAACAAUCACGCAUUCACUGCACACGUCUUGCGGGAGACAAAGCUGAUAACUGGUGGCUUCGUCAACACCCCAAGGUAACUGGAAUGAAAUUCAAGGCGGGUGUGAAACGCGCUGAGAUCUCUAACGCUAUUGAUAAUUACGUCAAUGGUACGGUUGGCAAAGACAUGGAUAGGAACAUGUGGAUGAAUAUGUAUGAAGUUGUACCCGCUGAUUUGACCGAUGCCGAGAAGAAGGAAUGGAUGACUAAAUUGUCUGGAGUGGCAUUGGCAUCAGAUGCAUUCUUCCCGUUCCGUGACAACAUUGAUCGUGCGCAUUUGAGUGGCGUUACGUAUAUUGGCAGCCCGGCUGGUUCCACAAAUGAUCAAGCUGUAAUCACUGCUUGCAACGACCACAAAAUGAUCAUGGCCCACACGAACUUGCGUCUUUUCCAUCAUUAGAGUUUGCGCAAGGUUUUAAUCUAAGUUGAUUAUGAACUUAUUUUGUUCAUAAUUAAGUCAUCUUAAUUUUGAAAUAACGUGUUAUGAACAUGUUAUCAUCUAAAAACAUGUCUGCAAAACUAUUUUGAAUGUCAUAUAUUAUGAAAAUACAUACAAUUGUUAUUAACA